AUGGCGACGCAAAGAAGAAUCAUAUCAGAGGAAAAGACCGCCCUCGACCAAGACGACACCGCGAACAUCAAGAGCGAUGUUACACCCGCCGUGGCUCCGUACGCAAAUACCAACAACAUAUGCUGCACGGGACAUCACGAGGCUGAUAUGAGCAACGCAACAUACGCCGGAGCCCUAGCAGCAAUCAUGGCCAACGUCGUCCUGAUCGGCUACAUCAUCGUCGCCUUCCAAGACGACAAGACGGAACGAGAAAUGGACGCUGCUGACGAGAAGAAGAAAUCACGAUGA